UGAUCAGUAGUUAGACUUGCUACAAAGACACACGAGCCAUGUUAGACAUCAACUCUUUUCUUGUUGAAAAAGGUGGAGAACCCGAGAAGAUCAAGAUCUCGCAGAAGAAGAGAGGUGCUUCGGUUGAAUUGGUAGAUGAGAUCAUCGCCGACUACAAGAACUGGACGGUUAUCAGAUUCGACUUGGAUGCCAAAAACAAACAGAUCAACGCAAUCCAAAAGCAGAUUGGUCAGAAGUACAAAGCUAAGGAAGACGCCUCCGAGUUGUUAGCUGAAAAGGACAAGUUGACUGAAGAAAAGAAGAAGCUCAUUGAACAAGAGCAGAAGGCUGAUACCGAUUUACGUUUCAAAGUAAACCAAGUGGGUAACUUAGUUCACGAAUCGGUUGUGGACUCCAUGGAUGAAGACAACAAUGAGUUGGUGAGAACCUGGAAGCCAGAAUCUUACGAAGUUGGCCAAGUCGCUGCUGCCACAGGAGCUCCAGCCGCCUUGUCGCACCAUGAAGUCUUGUUGAGAUUGGAUGGUUACGACCCAGAAAGAGGUGUUAGAAUUGUUGGUCACCGUGGUUACUUCUUGAGAAACUAUGGUGUGUUCUUGAACCAAGCUUUGAUCAACUACGGUUUGAACUUCUUGGCCAAGAACGACUACACUCCCUUGCAAGCUCCAGUGAUGAUGAACAAAGAAGUAAUGGCCAAGACCGCCCAAUUAUCACAAUUCGAUGAAGAAUUGUACAAGGUUAUUGACGGUGAAGAUGAAAAGUACUUGAUUGCCACCUCCGAGCAGCCUAUCUCUGCCUACCACGCUGGCGAAUGGUUCGAGUCUCCACAAGAACAAUUGCCUGUCAGAUACGCAGGAUACUCGUCUUGUUUCCGUAGAGAAGCCGGUUCUCACGGUAAGGAUGCCUGGGGUAUCUUCAGAGUGCAUGCUUUUGAAAAGAUUGAGCAGUUUGUUUUGACUGAGCCAGAGAAGUCGUGGCAGGAGUUCGACAGAAUGAUCGGUUUAUCCGAAGAAUUCUACAAGUCGUUAGGUUUGCCAUACCGUGUUGUCGGUAUCGUUUCCGGUGAGUUGAACAACGCUGCUGCCAAGAAGUACGACUUGGAGGCUUGGUUCCCAUUCCAAAAGGAAUACAAGGAAUUGGUUUCGUGCUCCAACUGUACCGACUACCAGUCGCGUAACUUGGAAAUCAGAUGCGGUAUCAAGCAACAGAACCAGACUGAAAAGAAGUACGUCCACUGCUUGAACUCCACCUUGUCGGCUACCCAGAGAGCUUUGUGCUGUAUCUUGGAAAACUACCAAAAGGAAGAUGGUUUGGUUAUCCCUGAAGUAUUGAGAAAGUACAUUCCAGGUGAACCGGAAUUCAUUCCUUUCGUCAAGGAAUUACCAAAGAACUCCACCUCCACCAAGAAGGCAGCCAAGAAGUAGACGUCUGCUCUGUAUAAAUUUAUAUUGAAUGUAAGAAUCGACAUUAUCGUCUUUUUU